GUUGGGCUCUUAGCAGCGGCUCGCAACGGUAAGACUUACUCUGACAAGAUACUAAAGGACAUAGAAGACGGCCACAUCAAUGUAGUCAUCACCUCACUUAACAUGUGCUUGAAACACGACAAAUUGCGCUCUCUGCUUAACAAAGCCUGUUUCGCCAAACACAUUGGAGCCUUUAUUGUCGAUGAGGCUCACUGUAUCACACAGUGGGGUGAGAAGUUCCGUGAGAUCUACUCAAAGCCCAUGUCACGGCCAGGCUUGCUCGACGUCAAUCUUGAGUCUCAUACACUGUUCCUUGCAACGUCCGCCACACUCAGUCUGGAUGAUCUGACAGCUAUCCGCAAGUCCGUCCAUUUUUCAAAACCGGACAUCUUUCAUCUCAACCUUGGUAAUGAUCAUGCAAACAUUACCUGGCACGUUAUACAUAUGAAUGCAGGCAAAUCAGACUUUGAGUCGCUUGAGUUCCUUCUCCCAAAGAACUUGAACACUGAGCGUCUUGGAAAGGUCAUUGUUAUGGACACUUUUUCUUCUCAGUUACUUCGUAUAUCUCUUGACCACAUUCCUAAUUAG